AAGCUCCAAAUUUUUGGUAGAGAGGAGGAAGCCAGUUUCCCAUAGCAUUUAAUUCAGCAGAAGCAAUUUUGCAGUCAAUUUGUUUGUUCAAACCUGAUCCUAGGAAACCAACAUUUAGUAACUAUAAAUGGAGCUGAAUGUUGAAAAAGAAAGUGUUCAGAGAGGUGAGAGAUUGGGUUGGGGUAAGUCUUUCCUAGUGCCAAGCGUUCAGGAGAUAGUGAGGAAUGAUUCUCAAUCAGUUCCUGAAAGAUACAUACAAGAACAAAAGGACAGGCCACUGAUAUCUGAGAACCUGCUUGCUUCACUUGAAAUUCCUGUAAUAGAUUUCUCCUUGCUAGCUAAAGGAGAUGAAGAUGAAAUACAGAAGCUAGACCUUGCUUGCAAGGAAUGGGGUUUUUUCCAGAUAAUAAAUCAUGGGGUGAGAGAGGAGGUCUUGAAUAAGAUGAAGGCAUCUGUAGCAGCUUUUUUUGAACUGCCACUCGAAGAGAAAAAUAAGUAUGCAAAGGCAGCAAAUGAAAUUCAAGGAUAUGGGCAAAACUUUGUAGUCUCGGAGGACCAGAAACUUGAUUGGUCUGACAUGAUAUACUUAAUCACUGUCCCUCCUGAAAACAGGAAUUUCAAGUUCUGGCCACUCACUUUACCAGGUUUCAAAGAAACAGUGGAAGCAUACUCAAGUGAAGUACAAAAGGUUGCUGAGGAGAUGUAUGGUAACUUAUCACUAUUGAUGGGGAUCGAUAGAGAUGGUCUGAAGAAGUUGCAAGGCGAGCUCAAACAAGGAAUAAGAAUGAACUAUUAUCCUGUUUGUUCGAGGCCAGAUCUUGUUCUUGGUAUUAGCUCUCAUUCCGAUGGCAGUCUAUUCACUUUGCUUCUGCAAGAUGAUGAUAUAACUGGCCUCCAAAUUAAGCACAAAGAAACAUGGAUUGGUGUUAAACCGAUUCCAAAUUCUCUUGUAGUGAACAUUGGUGAUGCUACUGAGAUUCUGAGCAACGGAAAAUACAAAAGCAUUGAACAUAGAGCGUGCACGAAUGAGAAGAAACCAAGAAUGUCAGUUGCAACAUUUGUGUUUCCAGAUGAUGAAGUGGAAAUAGGUCCCCUGGAAUCAAUGAUGAAUGGUAGCUAUCUCCCCAGAUUGUAUAGAAAUAUCAAGUACGUUGAUUACAUCAGGCAAAAGUUCAGAAGGAAAAUGGAGGGUAAAGCUCACACUGACUUUGUGAAGUUAGAAAGCAAGUGAUCCUGGCUGUGUUCUCCAUUUCUGUACUAUUAUUAGAUGGAAGUGUGGCAAAUAAAGAUGAUAAAUCUUAGGAGUUAGGACUAUGUAGUUUGCUCAGAUAUGC